AUGCCACCCCCAAUGCAACAGAAACGCAUGACCGCAAAUCCUACGCGACCAUCCCGCUAUCGCGCUGGUAAACCGACGGGCGCAUCAUCAUCCUCUGAAUCUGGUUCAGAAGCUAGUGAUGCCGAGGUUGACCAGCAGCAACAAAAGACCCAGCAGCAACAAAAGACCCAGCGUAAAAUCGCGCCACCACCCAAAGUCCCAAGUGCAGGCAAAAUCAUCAGUAAUCUCAGUAAGGUAGAUCUCAACGAGCGCCAAAAACAAGAGCAGGAGUCGAAUGCCAGACGCGUCGAGGCUGCGAAAGCAGCCCGCCUGGCUGCCGAGGAAGGUUUCGUCACAGAAGAAAGCGAAGAGGAUAGCGAAGAACGAAGUGACGAGGAUGACGAUGAAGAUGAGGAUGAAAGUAGUGAAGAAGAUGCCCCACGGCGGCUAAUGUUAAAACCCAAGUUUGUACCUAAAAGCCAGCGGAACGGUAAUGGCAGCAAAGAAUCCGUCCAGGAGCAAGACGAGGUGGCUAAGCUAGCCGAGGAGGAGGCAAAGAAAAAGAAAGCUAUGGACGAAAUGGUUGAGGAGCAAAUGCGCAAAGCUGCGGCGGCACGCGCGGCCAAGAAAAAGCACUGGGACGAUGCUGUAGACGAGGAAGAAGACGUCGAUACCGAAGAUGACGUAGACCCGGAAGCCGAGUAUGCCGCAUGGAAGCUACGCGAACUCAAACGUAUCAAACGAGAACGUGAGGCCAUCGAAGCUCGCGAGAAGGAAAGAGCCGAGGUCGAGCGCAGAAGAAACCUGACGGAAGAAGAACGGAAAGCGGAAGACGAAGCUUUCUUAAGCAAGCAGAAAGAAGAGAAAGACGCGAAGGGAAAGAUGACUUACAUGCAGAAGUACUUCCACAAGGGCGCAUUCUACCAAGAUGAGGCCGAAUCCGAAGGCCUGGCCAACCGAGACAUCAUGGGCUCACGAUUCGCAGACGACGUCAAGAACCGCGAGUUGCUUCCGAAGGCGCUGCAAAUGCGCGAUAUGACGAAAUUGGGAAAGAAAGGCGCUUCCAAGUACAGGGACCUUAAAUCCGAGGAUACAGGCCGAUGGGGUGAUAUUCGUGAUACGAGACCGGGGAAAGAAUUCGACCGAUACAAUGUCGACGACAGAUUUAAAUCCGAUCAUGCUAGAGAGUCAUCUGGUCCCGGCGGAGCUAACGCGGUGCCGAUUGGCGAGAGAAAAUCCGUUCGCGGCGCACCGGAAGGUCCUAAGAACUCGGACCGGGGACGGGAUAACGAUAGAUACCGCGAACAGGAACGAGACCGCGAUCGAGAUAGCUAUCGCCCGAGAGAAGAUGAUAGACACCACAGAAAUAGGUCCGGGCCUAGGUCCAGAUCCCCUAGGAGACAUGAUAGGGAUGAUUAUAGUAGUCGAAGAAAGAGAGAUUCAUCACGGGGCGCAGGUCGCUACGAAAAUGAUAAGAGGCGAAGAAUAGAGUCUAGGUAG